CGCCGCCUUUCGCUAACCGCGACCAUGAUGUUCUCAAGCUUCAACGCCGACUACGAGGCUUCCUCCUCGCGCUGCAGCAGCGCUUCCCCGGCUGGCGACAGCCUGUCUUACUACCACUCCCCGGCCGACUCCUUCUCCAGCAUGGGCUCUCCGGUCAACGCGCAGGACUUCUGCACGGACCUGGCAUCCUCCAGUGCCAACUUCAUCCCGACUGUGACUGCCAUCUCGACCAGCCCGGACCUGCAGUGGCUGGUGCAGCCCACCCUCGUCUCCUCCGUGGCCCCAUCCCAGACCAGAGCCCCCCACCCCUACGGAGUCCCCACUGAAACUGCGGGUUGGAUAGAAACGGCUCCACAGACAAGGUGCCAGGGAGCUGGGAAGCUGCAGGGUGCAUGGAGCCGACGGCAGACGCGGUUACUGACCUUCGGUCUUUUUUCCUUCUAGUUGUCCCCAGAAGAAGAAGAGAAGAGGAGAAUCCGAAGGGAAAGGAAUAAGAUGGCUGCAGCCAAAUGCCGAAACCGGAGGAGGGAGCUGACCGACACGCUGCAAGCGGAGACGGACCAGCUAGAAGACGAGAAGUCUGCCUUGCAGACCGAGAUCGCCAACCUGCUGAAGGAGAAGGAAAAGCUGGAGUUCAUCCUGGCGGCGCACCGGCCUGCCUGCAAGAUCCCCGACGACCUGGGCUUCCCGGAGGAGCUGUCCGUGGCUUCCCUCGACCUGAGUGGAGGCCUGCCUGAGGCCGCCAACCCUGAGUCCGAGGAGGCCUUCGCCCUGCCCCUCCUCAGCGACCCUGAGCCCAAGCCCUCCGUGGAGCCCAUCAAAAACCUGAGCAGCGUGGAGCUGAAGGCUGAGCCCUUCGAUGACUUCCUGUUCCCCGCAUCGUCCAGGCCCAGCGGCUCUGAGACCUCCCGCUCGGUGCCCGACAUGGACCUGUCUGGUUCCUUCUAUGCAGCAGACUGGGAGCCCCUGCACGGUGGCUCCCUGGGGAUGGGGCCCAUGGCCACAGAGCUGGAGCCCCUGUGCACCCCGGUGGUCACCUGCACUCCCAGCUGCACUACCUACACGUCUUCCUUCGUCUUCACCUACCCCGAGGCCGACUCCUACCCCAGCUGUGCGGCCGCCCACCGCAAGGGCAGCAGCAGCAACGAGCCCUCCUCUGACUCGCUCAGCUCACCCACGUUGCUGGCCCUGUGAGCAGGCAGGGAGGGGAGGCAGCGGGCACACACCGGUGCCACUGUCCUGAGCUGGUGCAUUACAGAGAGGAGAAACACAUCUUCCCUCGAGGGUUCCCGUAGACCUAGGGAGGACCUUAUCUGUGCGUGAAACACACCAGGCCGUGGGCCUCAAAGGACUUGAAAGCAUCCACGGGUGGACUCAAGUCUUUACCUCUUUCGGAGAUGUAGCAAAACGCAUGGAGUGUGUAUUGUUCCCAGUGACACAUCUGAGAGCUGGUAGUUAGUAGCAUGUUGAGCCAGGCCUGGGUCUGUGUCUCUUUUUCUUUUUAGUCUUCUCAUAGCAUUAACUAAUCUAUUGGGUUCAUUAUUGGAAUUAACCUGGUGCUGGAUAUUUUCAAAUUGUAUCUAGUGCAGCUGAUUUUAAUAACUACUGUGUUCCUGGCAAUAGUGUGUUCUGAUUAGCAAUGACCAAUAUUAAACUAAGAAGAUAUGACUUUAUUUUCUAGUAGGUAGAAAUAACUAGCUAUAUCCAUGUACUGUAGUUUUUCUUCAACAUCAAUGUUCAUUGUAAUGUUACUGAUCAUGCAUUGUUGAGGUGGAAUGAUUGUUCUGACAUUAACAGUUUUCCAUGAAAACGUUUUAUUGUGUUUUUAAUUUAUUUAUUAAGAUGGAUUCUCAGAUAUUUAUAUUUUUAUUUUAUUUUUUUCUACCUUGAGGUCUUUUGACAUGUGGAGAGUGAAUUUGAAUGAAAAAGUGAAGCAUUGUUUGCUUAUUGUUCAGAGACAUUGUCAAUAAAAGCGUUUAAGUCAAAUGCGA